UUGCUAUUUGGGAACAAAAAGAAAAGUGCUGUUAUUAUAUCACGCGUAAUUUCACUGUUAAUGGGAAAGUGGUAGUCCGCGCCGCCCAUCCUUUAUUUCCGCUACUAACAUAAACCACGUUUUUAAUGAUACAUAUUAGAAUCCUACAUUCUACUACCACAACAACAAUAUAUUAUACUACUCACAAACUCAGAAUUGAAAAUUGAGUCGAAAAGCAAGGGCAGUUCCGUCAUUUGACUGAAGUUGACUCCCUUAUCCACACAACAGUGGUGAGUGGUAUAAAAUCAAAUCCGAGCAGCAAGCGGCAGCGGGCGAAUCCGAUGGGCAAAGGGAAGAAGUUCAGCUGGGGAUCGGCCCUGGUGGGCGCGGCGGCGGCGUCGGCCGCGAGCCUGGUGCUGUCGUCGAGGCCGCGCGACCCGACGUUCCACCUGAUCUCCAUCGACAUCACCUCCUUCAAGAUGAACUUCCCGGUGCUGGACGCGGAGACGAUCCUGACCGUCCACGUCACCAACCCCAACGUGGCCCCCAUCCGCUACUCCGACACCGUGAUGUCCAUCUACUACGCCGGCGCGCUCCUCGGCUCCGCCCCCGUGGAGGCCGGGUCGCAGCCACCGCGGUCGUGCCAGCUGCUGCGGCUGCCGGCGCGCCUCAGCGGCCUCCAGCUGGCGCACCACGCGAAGAGCUUCGUGGCGGACGUGGGGCGGCGGGAGAUGGUGCUCGACUCCACCGUCGACAUCAGCGGCACCGCCAAGGUGCUGUGGUGGAACCAUGGCUUCAAGGUGCACGUCGACAGCCACAUCGUCGUCGAUCCGGUUUAUCUCGAUGUAAUUGAUCAGGAAAAUAAAUCUAAGCUGGAAUUGUUUGUUCGUAAUUCCUGAAUUAUAUGCCAAUUUUAAUUGUUUAUUAUAA